UAGGGUACAUAGAGGGACAAUGUGUUUGAAGUUUGAGGACAGCCAAGAACUUGGCUAUAGUGAGCUCCCAAUAGUGACAACUCCAGGUUUGCUACUCGUUUUUGUCAAAGUCUCAAAACGAGCCAAGAUUAAUGCCUAGAAUAACCCAUACGCUAAUUCGGUAAUUCCUGAACUUUCAAGGAAGCAAAUGGCCGUGGUCCACACUUCAUUAAGAAAUACAGCUACUUGGGUGCGUGGUACAUAUGUAUCCCAAGUUGUAAUUGCUCAACCACAUUUGUUGCAGCAAAUGCAAAUGGCUUUUACUGUACGGCUGCUUCUGCUUAUUUCCUCAUUGUUUCUGAUUCCAGUAGCGGUACUUGCCCAAACUAAUGGUAGAGUAUCAGUGGGUGCUUCUCUCUCCGCAUCUGCUAACUCCUCAUGGCUUUCUCCUUCUGGUCAUUUCGCCUUUGGUUUUCAACAACUUGAAAACAGUGAUCUUUUCUUGCUUUCUGUAUGGUAUGCCAAGAUUCCAGACAGAACCAUAGUUUGGUAUGCAAAUAAUGGGGAUAGUCCUGCAGUUGCAGCUAAAGGUUCACUUGUGAAUUUGACUGCUGCCAGUGGACUAGUGCUUACAAGUCCUCAGGGUGCUCAGCUUUGGAAAUCUGGGUCCAUUUCUGGAGUUGCCUUCGGGGUCUUGAAUGAUACAGGCAACUUUGUUCUUGAAGAUGACAAUUCAGAGAGUUUAUGGGAGACCUUCGAUAAUCUAACUCAUACCAUUUUACCCGGGCAGGAUAUCGGAAAAGGAGGGAAGCUUUGGUCUCAACAAUCCGAGACUAACUUUUCGAAAGGAAGAUUCGAGCUACGUAUGCAAGAUGAUGGCAAUCUUGUGCUUGUCACCAUAAACUUGCCAACUGAGAUUGCCAACAAUCCUUACUAUGCGAGUGACACUACUGGUGACUCUAAUUCUUCUGCUGGUACAAAGCUGGAGUUCAGUAGCUCAGGCUACAUGUAUAUUCUGAGAGAGAAUGGCGAAAAAUUCACCAUCAAGGAAGCAGAGACAGUCUCAACUAGGAGCUUCUAUCUUAGAGCAACCCUCAACUUUGAUGGGGUUUUUGCUAAAUACGCUCACCCGAAAAAUCCCACGGGUAAUGUAAGCUGGAGUAUUGUUUCGUCAGUGCCAGAUAACAUAUGCAGUGCUACGACGGUUGAAUAUUCAGGUUUAGCUGUAUGUGGCCUAUACAGUAUCUGCACUCUCCAAGAUCAGAGGCCAACCUGUGAAUGCCCACCAGGAUACUCUUUAUUGGAUUCGAAUGAUCCGAAUGGCAACUGCAAACCGGGUUUUGUACCAAGUUGUGAAGAUGAGCUUAACUCCACAACUGAUAUAUAUGAAGUUCAGAUGCUGAACAAUACGGAUUGGCCAAACUCUGAUUUUUUGCAGUUUCCUUCUACUCCAGAGCGUUGCAAUCAAUCUUGCUUUGAAGAUUGUUUGUGUGCUGUUGCUAUUUACAGAAUUGAAACCUGUUGGAAAAAGAAGUUACCUCUUUCAAAUGGGAGAGUGGAUAGCAGGCUUAAUUCACAGGCCUUCAUCAAAGUCAGGAAGGGUAAUUCAACUCAACAAGUUCCCCAAACGCCAAAUCCGGAUGAUAGGAAGAAGACUAUAAAAUCGAAGACUUUGAUGCCCGUGGAGUCCAUUCUUUUGGGUACCUCUGGCUUUGUUAAUUUUAUGUUAAUAGCUGCGGUUUGUUUGGGAUGUCUUUUCAUUUUCCGGAAAAACCAUGUAAGAUGUACCCAAAAUGAUUUGGACACAAAUUUGCAUUCAUUUAGUUACAAAGAGCUUGAAGAAGCUACAAAUGGAUUCGAGGAAGAAUUGGGAAGGGGUUCCUUUGGAGUUGUUUACAAAGGGAAAAUAGAAACUAGUUCUGGUGUUGAAGUGGCAGUGAAGAAGCUAAGCUCCUUGAUGCAAGAUGGUGAGAAGGAAUUCAAGACAGAGGUGAACGUAAUUGGUAGGACACAUCAUAAGAAUCUGGUUCACCUGGUUGGAUAUUGUGAAGAGGGACAACAACGGAUGCUUGUAUAUGAAUUCUUGAGCAAUGGCACAUUAGCAAGCUUCCUUUUUGCUGAUACAAGACCAAGUUGGAGACUUCGAAUUGAAAUUGCAUAUGGAGUUGCCAAAGGACUUCUAUACUUGCAUGAACAGUGUAGCACUCAGAUCAUCCAUUGUGAUAUAAAGCCUCAGAACAUACUUCUCGAUGAUUAUUACAAUGCUCGGAUCUCUGAUUUUGGACUGGCAAAGCUUUUAAUGAUGAAUCAGAGCAAGACGCAUACUGUCAUAAGAGGAACAAAAGGGUAUGUUGCCCCUGAGUGGUUCAGGAAUAUGCCAAUCACUACCAAAGUUGAUGUGUACAGCUUUGGUGUUGUGCUGCUAGAGGUCAUUUGCUGUAGGAGAAGCGUUGAUAUGGAAAAUUACACAGAUAAGAGAGCCAUUUUAACUGAUUGGGUUUAUGAUUGCUACCGUGGAGGAUUGUUGGAAGCCGUUGUAGAUAACGAAAUUGAGGCAUUGCAUGAGAAAACAAAGCUGGAAAGGUUUGUCAUGGUUGCUAUCUGGUGUAUUCAAGAAGAUCCAUUACUUCGUCCCACUAUGAGGACAGUUGUGCGGAUGCUCGAAGGAGUGGUGGAAGUGAAAAAUCCACCAUGUCCAUCGCCAUAUAGCCGCAUAGGCUGAAACCUGGUUUCUCUCUGUAGUACUGGCAAUUGAAGUUCUAGCUUUCCUGCAUAUCAAUCUUGUACUAGUAAACUUUGUUUCCCCCCCCUCCCAUACUGUGAUCACUUAAAGUUAUAUAUGAUCUUCUUAUGAUGGUGUAGUAGCCUUCCUUUUAAUUUGUUAAUGAUCACUAAUUUGAGAUUUGUUUUG